CCAGAUUUGAACAAUGCGUGGCGACCGCCGCACGAACAGCACGAGCACCGACAGGUCCAGCGACGAUAACGACAGCGGCGAGCGGUCCCCGCUUCUUAGGGCUAUGCGGAACUCGUAUCACGAGGAAACCAUGUAUCACUCCAUCCGACCCGCGAACGCUUCGUUCUCGUCCCCUGUCUCGGCCAACACGGAUGGCAACACCAUGCGUCGUUUUCGGCCGAUUGUGUUUGCAGAGAAAUCCCUCGCUGUCCUGCUCAACGGCGUGAUGAUUUACGUCAUGUGUAUGUUUCUUGGGUUCGGUCUCGUCGCUCUGAACGCUGACAAUGUGCUUGGCCCAGCCCGUCAUUGGAACUGGUGGGCCGUGUUCUCGCCGUUUUGGGUCGGCAAUCUCGUCAUGGUGGGUGCGCACGUCCUCUCGAUCCGCGCAGCAACAGAACUACGUCACUGGGCCGAAACAGACACGGUAUCGAAUGAGCCACUCCUCCCUCUGCUGCGCAAGAUCUUGUUGCUGUAUGCAGUCAGUUUGCCUCUCUGCAUCCUCCUCUUUUGGGCCGAAAUCGCAUUCUGUGCCAUCCUCAACAACUCGUCCAACGUUAGCGUGUAUGUUGCGUAUGCUCCCAUCAUGAUCAUCGAGGUCGGCUACGUCGUGCGCUACCUCCUCUGCAAGUCGCGAACCACCCUACCUGGUAUCGCAUGGAUCUUGCUCUUUGUGUUUACCCUCCUGCUGGCCCAUAAUUCCGGCGUUGCAGCGACAAAUGCACCUGACGCUUCAGGCCUCCCCUGGGUUGGUGUGUUUGCCCCGCUCUUCGUGUUACAGCUCCUGCUUUUCGGCUCGCUCGUCGUUGUGCUGUACAUGCAAGCGGCCGGUCUCUACAAGCUCAAUCAGACCCAAGUUCGCGCCACAGCGCUUUACACCGUCGCACUCGUCGCUGUCACGAUUGGCCAAGUGAUGCUCGUGCAGCACAUGGAAGCGCAAGCUGGCCCUGCCACAACGACGUCCGAAAUGGAUGUUCCGUCGCUUCUCCUCUUCACAGGUUGGGUUCUGGCAAGUUCCGGCCUCUACCUUGUAUGUCGACAGGAAGUCAUGAAACUCAUGGCGUCUCGAGGCGGCGCUGUGCCCGUCCCAUUGACACGUACGGCCGGCGGGUGGGUAACCCACCACGCGGUCGUGGAUCGGUGGAUGCUUCUUGGAGACAUCGCGCUCACGGACGUGGGUCUGGCUCGACGAGCUGCCGGCGAUCGCAUGCGCACCGUCAGCGACAUCGAGGGUGAAAUGAACUCGGACGGGUACACGUGCCUGCGGCACAUCUUCACGUCAACGUGGUUGCGGUGGAUGUGCUGCUUAGGCAACACGACGACGCGACGAACGUCCGACUCGCUGCGGGAGGAGCAGAUGCCCGAAGGCCGGCUCAAGGUGUCCAAGCCGCGGCGCAACUCUGGCAGCUACAGCAUGGUGGAUGUAGAAAUUACUCUGUAACGGUUGAUGUCGUUGACUCUGUAACCGUCGACCACCCCGAAAAGUCACGGUUUUCGGAUUGCGU